AUGGCCAUGGAUCCUUACGAGACCACCAACUUGCUCCUGUCGAAGAUCAAGACCAUAGACCCGGACAACGCCUCCAAAAUCAUGGGCUACAUCCUCAUACACGACGUGGGCGAGAGGGAGUUGGCCGGUCUCGCUUUCGGCCCGGAGACCUUCCUGCUGGGCGUCAUUGCGAAGGCGAAAACUCACUUGGGACUUUCGCCGAACACCUUGUCUGCUGCAACAGCGCCUUCAACUCCCUCUUCCCCGCUCAAUCCCAUCUCCAGGCCUGUCGUUGUUGGUGGGAGUGGCGGUUUCGGUAACCCUUUUUCCCACUCUUCUUCUCCCCGGCUUCCCGGCCCUGGUGGCGGGCCUUUCGUUGAUUUUGCGAGGAACCCUUCUCCGCAUUCCUGGCCGGUGUCUGGGUUUGCAGCGGCUAACGCUAAUAAUAGCAACAGUAGUGGCGGCGGCGGAAGUAGCAGUAACAGUAACGUUUCGCUCAGUCCCAAGUCCAGUCCUUUCUUGUCUUACGAUAGUAUACGCGCUGGUUCGUUCAAAGGGGCUGCAUUUUCCAAGUGUGGUGGCAAUGGGAGUGGUGAUUCUUCUAGCAUUAGUGCGGAUGCCCUUGAAGAUUAUCCCUUUGACGAGUACCUUUCCUUUCUCGACGAUCCCUCUUCUAGGAAUGACGAAUUUGACCCUGGUCUUCAAUUAGCUGGGUACCCAGAUGUGGGUGCGGAUGCUCAGCUCCACAGGAGGAGGUUUUCGGAGAGUGAUGCAUGUCCCAAUACUGAAGAUGGGGCAUUUGGAAUUGGGUAUAGACCAUGUUUGAAUAAUCGUGCUAUGGUUGGUUCACCGAGGGAAAUAGAGAGCCUUUACUUGCAGCAGCAUGAAGGGAUGAUGAGAUUGAAGGCUGCUCAUCAUCAGCAGCAGCAACAGAGAUUAGCAUACAGCAAGUACAUGAACUUCUUGUUGCAGCAGCAGAAUGAUACACAGAGACUGGGAGGAGCAGCAGCAGCUAUGAACAGUGAUGAAUUCCACAAGUUUGGCCGGUUUUGUCCGGAAAGAAAUGAAUUUUAUGCAAUGGCCAUGGCUGAGAAAGCAAAUUCGGCUUCUAGACAAAUCUAUUUGACAUUCCCAGCAGAUAGCACCUUUAAAGACGAGGAUGUUUCAAAUUAUUUUAGCACUUUUGGACCAGUUGAAGAUGUGAGGAUCCCGUAUCAGCAGAAGCGAAUGUUCGGAUUUGUUACGUUUGUUCAUUCUGAGACAGUGAAGCUUAUAUUGGCCAGGGGAAACCCUCAUUUUAUCUGUGAUUCGCGUGUGCUUGUCAAGCCAUACAAGGAAAAAGGGAAAGCUGCAACUGACAGGAGGCAUCAUCAUCUGCAUCACCCAUUACUGGAGAGGGGAAAUUUUUCACCAUGUUCAAGUCCUUCCGGUCUCGAUGGCAGGGAGCUUUAUGAUCUUCCGAUGGGUGCACGAGUGCCUUACAAUUCACAGGAAAUGAUGCUGAGAAGGAAGUUAGAAGAGCAAGCUGAGCUGCAGCAAGCUAUUGAACUUCAAGGACGCAGGCUCGUAAAUCUGCAGCUCCCAGACCUGCGAGGUGAUUAUGUCAAUCAUCAUCAACGUAGCCUGUCCAUGGGUGGCAUCUCAUUGUCUACCCAUUCCCCUCUCAGUCAAAAGAUAGCCAAGAGCGAGGAAGAAGAAACUGUUGAGAGCUCUGGUUUGUCUGCUGCUGAUGAUGCUGCCAAUCAAAACUUUCAGCCUGAAGUGAACCCCACAUGCAAUAUGGUUGGUAAUGAAGAAAAUAUAAAUAACGAUGCCAGCAACCUGACUAACUGUCAUGGGAGCAAUGCUGAACAUGAUAACCGUGAUGCCGUUGCUUCUCAAUCAAAAUCAUCUUUGGAGAAUGUUUCAGCCCUGUCAAGCUCAUCUCCAAGCGAUACUACUUCCCUUUAG